GGGAAACAUAAUGAAUGGAAGCGACACUUGUGCUUUUAAGAUAACGUUUGUUACAAAGCUGAUGGAUUAUAAAUCAUCGGUGAACAAAGCCACUUCAGUGUUAGACUAUCUUACUAGGGUUAUCAUCACCAAAUGUCCAAACAUUGCGGCAUUACAGGAUGAUCUUAAACACGUGGGACAGGCAUCGCAAGUUCCAUUCAGGUCACUAGACAAGGAAAUAUGCGAGCUGUCCACUGAAAUCGAGGUUCUGGAAGAAGAUGUUGAGAAAAUAAAUAAUGACUGCGUAAAAGAGGAUGGAGACUCUUUCCGCGCCAGUAUCGAACUGUUUGCUGUCUCCGCAAAAGAAGAGCUUAGAGACGUGUUGUCAAUGCGGAAGAAUGCAAAAAAGAAGUUCAACCUCCUUGUCCAGUAUUUCGGAGAGGAUUCCAACAAACCUGAAGAGUUCUUUGGUAUUUUUGCCACAUUGCUACACCAAUUUGAGGAUGUGUUGAGGACAUACAAGUGAAGAAACGAGUUUUAAAUGAAGAGAUCAGGCAAUGGACGUUAAUUAUAUUAAAACGCGGACUGUAAUUUUUUCUAACCUGAAACUUGAAAUUGAGCAGUUGGUUUAAAAUCGGGUUAGACCCAACAGCUCUAUCUCUCUCAAAAACCAUUCACGAUGCCAUCUUCGAUUUUGAAAUAUAACAAUAUUUUUAUUAUUCCUUACGUACGCAUGACAUAUUUUGACACGUAAUAAAAGAAGCAACUAUUUUAUUCUAUAAGAUGAAACGAUAUUUAUGGCCAAGAAGUCAACAUUCAAAGAUUGUUAAUUUUGUAAAUACGUUGAAAAUAAAGGCCGAGCUACUAUAAGAGGACUUUGCACGUCAUGUCUCUCCUUAUAAAUAAAUCAGUUUGAAUUUCAGGCGUGCUAAGAGUACGGACCAUUAAACGUUUUUGGGUGAAUUGCCCACCCCCCUAACACUGACCCACCCCCUCUCAAAAAAUAAUGAUCCGUCCCUAAAUCUAAAUCCAAAGGCUAGCUCGUGUUUCACAAGUGAUAGCAUACGCUCCUUUUGGUGAACACCAAGAAUCGCGACCUCUAAAAAGGUAAAGUCUGCAUGCGAGCCAAGUGGCCCAUCAGGCCGGAG